AUGGGCUGCGGCACGGUGCUGGAGGACAACAUCAUCGUGUCCGAGGUGCAGUUCGUGGAGUCGGGCGGGGGGGGCUCCUCGGCCGUCGGCCAGUUCGUCUCCUCAGAAUCUGAAAACCGGAUUCCGGCCUUUGGAGAAUCUCACAUCGCAGGAAUCGGGCGAGCGUCUCGAGCGCAGACGCUGCAGAAAGCCCGGCUACACAUCAACACUCUGGGUCACCAGCUGAAGAUGAACCAGCACUGCCUGGACACGGCCUUCAACUUCUACCGGAUGGCGCUCACCAAACAUCUGACCAACGGGCGCAAGUGUGGCCACGUCAUCGCCGCCUGCCUCUACCUGGUGUGCCGCACGGAGGGAACCCCCCACAUGCUUCUGGAUCUCAGCGAUCUGCUGCAGGUGAACGUGUACGUGUUGGGAAAGACCUUCCUCGUCCUGGCCAGAGAGCUGUGCAUCAACGCCCCGGCUAUAGACCCGUGCCUCUACAUCCCACGCUUCGCCCAGCUGCUGGAGUUUGGUGAGAAGAACCACGACGUGGCCAUGACGGCGAUGAGACUGGUGCAGAGGAUGAAGAGGGACUGGAUGCACACGGGACGAAGGCCGUCGGGACUCUGUGGAGCAGCUCUCCUCGUUGCCGCUCGAAUGCACGACUUCUGUCGCACGGUGAAGGAAAUCGUCAGCGUCGUGAAAGUGUGUGAAAGCACGUUGAGAAAGAGACUCAAUGAGUUUGAGAACACGCCCACCAGCGAGCUGACCAUCGAGGAGUUCAUGCGGGUGGAUCUGGACCAGGAGUGUGACCCGCCCUGCUACACGGACGGACUGAAGAAGAAGAAGAUCAAGCAGCUGGAGGUGGAGCUGAAGAAAAAGAUGGACGACGUGGAAGAUGAAAUCCACGACUACGAGGAUGAGAUCGAUGCCGAGCUCGAGAGCGUCCGACCCAAACUGAGAGGAGUGUACGCUGCUUACACUAAACAAGAAGAAGAAGAUGUCAAAGACGACGUCCUCUCCCCGUCGUCCAAAGUCUCAGACGACGGGGACGAGGAGGCGGAGGAGGAGCUUCAGGCCGUCGCCAAGCACUUCGGCAAAGAGCUGGGCGAGCUCACGCUGGAGGCUCUGCUGAAGCUGGAGAAGAAGAGGCCCGAGGAGGAGGAGGAGGAGGAAGAGGAGGAGGAGGGGGGUGUUCCGAGGAGAAAAGGCCCGACGCUGGAGUCCAUCCUGGGUAGGAUGCCCACGGCCUCCACCCUGGGCCUCUCCGAGUCCAUCAGCAACUGCAUCGGACACGAGAAGGAGAACGAUGGCGCCGCUGACAGCGGGGAGCUGGACCUGAGUGGGAUAGAUGACAGCGAGAUAGAGCUGUACCUGCUGGAUGACAGAGAAAUCAGAGUGAAGACGGCGCUCUGGAUGGCAGAGAACUCCGACUACCUCAAAGAGCAGAGAGAAAAGGAGGUGAAGAUAGCGAAGGAGAAGGAGCUCGGGAUCUACAAAGAGAAGAAGCCCCGAGGCCCCUCGAGGAAACGGGCCCCGAUCCGAGCGAGCACGGCGGACGAGGCCAUCGGGAAGAUGCUGGAGCAGAAGAAGAUCUCGUCCAAGAUCAACUACGACGUCCUGAAGGACCUGAACAUCAAACCCGGCGCCAGCCCGGCUCGCGUGGUCGAGUCCCCGAAGAAGGAGCCGUCUGCCGCCAAGCUGACGGGACGCAACCGCCACCCUGCCCGGGCGCCACUCAGCCUCAGCACGCCGCUAAGCACCCUGGGAAAAAGACUCCCGAUAAACAACAUCUGA